GCUUUCCUGCUUCUUUUGCAUCCCAAAGCAUAAGCUUAAAUCGGCUCAGAAGGACAAGGUCCGCCAGUUUAUGGCAGUUACCCAGGCUGGUGAAAGGACUGCUAUAUACUGCUUAAUGCAGAAUGAGUGGAAACUAGAAGUGGCAACAGACAACUACUUCCAGAAUCCAGACUUGUACUACAAAGAAUCCAUGAAAAUUUCAAUAGACAGAAAGAAAUUAGAACAAUUGUAUAACAGGUACAAAGACCCACAGGAUGACAAUAAAAUUGGCAUUGAUGGAAUUCAGCAAUUUUGUGACGAUUUAAAUCUGGACCCUGCUAGUAUCAGUGUUUUGGUCAUAGCAUGGAAAUUCCGGGCAGCGACUCAGUGUGAAUUCAGUAAAAAAGAAUUUGUAGACGGCAUGACAGAGCUGGGGUGUGAUACCACAGACAAGCUAAAAACUUUUUUACCAAGACUGGAACAAGAAUUAAAGGAUCCAAUGAAGUUUAAAGAUUUUUAUCAGUUUACUUUUAACUUUGCUAAAAACCCUGGGCAAAAAGGUUUAGAUCUAGAAAUGGCAAUUGCAUAUUGGAAUUUAGUAUUAUCAGGAAGAUUUAAAUUUUUAGAUCUUUGGAAUAAAUUUUUAUUGGAGCAUCAUAAAAGAUCAAUCCCUAAGGAUACUUGGAACCUUCUUUUAGACUUUGGAAAUAUGAUUGCAGAUGAUAUGUCAAACUAUGAUGAAGAAGGAGCGUGGCCAGUCCUAAUAGAUGAUUUUGUGGAAUAUGCAAGACCAGUAGUCACAGGAGGAAAACGUAAAGCUUCCUAACCAUAACUUCUCAGUGGACUAACUCUGCAGUCUUAACUGCAUCGGGUAACGAAGACUUUUGGCCAAUAACUGUGCACACUGUCACCGAUUUCAAAAGUUGAGGUGGGAUGCCACUGACAAAACAGAAAUCGCUACUUCUGCUGCAAGAAAAUGAUGGCUGACUCAUGGACACUGCAAGAAGAAAUUCAAAAGAUAGCCCAGGCUAUCUGUAGGAUACUGGCUUCAAUUACUGUACUGGUUGUAUUAUAUAGGAUGUAGAUUUUGCAUGAUUUUAUACUUUGGGAAAGUUUAACUAGAGGCCAUUUUAGUAAAAUUUUGACAGCACAGCAUGCCAUUCAGUUCAUAAUACAGGGUGAACACCAGCAGUUACAUAAAUGCAACUGUAUUAUAUUGUACUUAUAUUAAAAGCAGUAUUUGUGAUAUAUAAAUUAAAUCUCUAAAUAAAAUAUGUGGUAUGUGGUAUUAUUAUAUGUAUCUAAAAUACGUUGAGAGAAUACAGUGCAAUAUUUAUUGAUUUAUUUUCCUGAUGCAGAAUUGUGUGUUUCUAAAUCUUUUAAUUUCAACCUCCAUUU